CGUUCUCCGAUUGACGGCGCUUGGCGCCUUUGCCCGUUCGCCCCUCCUACCGUGUUGAUCAACCCCCCCCCCUCGACCAUGGUCCGCCUCUCGACAUUGUCAAGCCGCCUCAAGGCUGGAGGCAGUGGCAGUGGCUCAAGCACGCCGAGUAGAACUGCCAGCCCUCGUCCUCAAGCUCCUCCGACGAGCGAUCCUCGAGAAAGAACGGCAAUGUUGACUCUAAAGACAAACGUCAUCAAGGCGCGCAACGUCGCAGCUGCCGACAGGAGUGGGACGAGUGAUCCGUACCUUGUCGUUACUCUCGGCGAUGCCAAAGAAGCUACCCAGGCCAUCUCCAAAACCUUGAACCCCGAAUGGAACGUUUGCUUUGAUCUCCCGAUCGUCGGCGUACAAAGCUUGUUGCUUGAAUGCGUGUGUUGGGAUAAGGAUCGCUUUGGCAAGGACUAUCUUGGAGAAUUUGAUGUGCCGCUCGAGGACAUUUUUGGAAACGGCCAGACUACGCAAGAGCCCAAAUGGUAUGCGCUCAAAUCGAAGCGCAAGAACGGAAAGAAAGGUUCCAAAAUAUCGGGCGAAGUUCAGUUACAGUUUUCGAUCCUCGACCCGACGAACCCUUCGGCCACAUCUGAACAGAUUUUCCACAAGUUCCUCGGUCUCGUCGCGAGCAGUCCUGGCCUUGACGACGAUAUUGAUGAGAACACGAUACUUGCGGAACAAGACGAUGAGGCUGGAGCUGACAAGGACAAAGACGAGGAAAGCUCGGAGGAGACUGACGAUGCCGCCAAACCAGAGGCGGUCGAGAAGAAGCGGAAGCGUCAACGCCUGGCGCGGCUUCGGAGGAAGACCAAGGCAAGGGCAUACGAGUUCUCGGGAGGUUCAGAUGUCCUCGGCAUUCUGUUCUUGGAAGUCUCCAAGAUCCAGGACCUCCCACCCGAGCGCAAUGUUACGAGAACUUCAUUUGACAUGGAUCCCUUUGUCGUCAUCUCCUUGGGUCGCAAAACAUUCCGUACCCGCGUUGUCCGCCAUGAUCUUAAUCCCGUCUACGACGAGAAGUUGAUUUUCCAGGUGCUCCCUGGCGAGAAGAACUAUUCUAUGAAUUUCACUGUAGUGGACAGAGACAAGCUCUCCAGCAACGACUACGUUGGAACGGUAAACUUUCCGCUCCAGAAUAUCAUUUCUUGCUCGCCGGAGGCCGACCCUGCUACUGGCUUGUACCAUCUGAGAGAACCUGUCGAGUCGGGGACGAGUACUGUCGCAUCGUACACCUCUGGUCGCUCGAGAUUCCGCCUUCCACUUUCCCGUUCUUCCUCUGGUACAAGCCUGAGCAAAAUGAGCAGGCCGGUUUUGCGAUCUCACUCAUCUCAGGGGACGCCCCCAACCAGCUCACAGUUGGACAUUCCUCAUGCGCCUACCAGUGUUCCGGAAACGUCUUGCCUCAGUCCUCCAUCAUCUUCGGCCAUUGACGAAAGCGCCCCUGCUCCGUCCUUGCCAUCGGAUGACCCCGAUCUGAAGUCGUUUGAGCUGCCGAUUAGCUUAAAGAAUAAAGACAAGUGGGAGGACAAGCAUAAUCCUACCCUGUACAUCAAGGCCAAAUACCUCCCGUAUCCAGCACUGAGACAGCAGUUCUGGCGGGCUUUGCUGAAGCAGUACGAUGCGGACGACUCCAACAAUAUCAGCAAGGUCGAAUUAACGACCAUGCUCGAUACCUUGGGUUCAACCUUGAAGGAAUCGACCAUAGACGGCUUUUUCAAACGCUUCGCAUCGGAAUACACCCCUCAAAACCCGUCUGAAAUCGAGCUUACAUUUGACCAAGUCAUUAUCUGCCUCGAGGACCAGCUCGAAAAGGCAUCGCAACGGCGUUCUAUGCAAGACGCCGUCAAAGCGUAUGCGGCAAGUCUCCAACAUAGCUUGUCGCUUGGCAGCACAGAUGAAACUUCGGAAUCAGACACGCAGCCGAGCUCGUGGUCGGCCACGCCUUCGAACGCCGCUACGCCCAUGAACAACCAGUCGCAGACAUCCAUUGUGCCUGCGAUAUCCGUGGACGAGAUGGGAAACCCUGGCGAAAUGGGCGAUGCCUUGGAGAAGGAUGACCUGGCCGACGAAGUCGGUGAGGAACAUGUUGUUGAGAUUCGAGAAUGUCCCAUCUGCCACCAGCCCCGUCUCAACAAGCGCUCCGAUUCCGAUAUUAUCAUGCACAUUGCUACGUGCGCAAGCCAAGACUGGAGACAAGUCAACAACUUUGUCAUGGGCGGCUUCGUCACUUCGAGCCAAGCUCAGCGUAAAUGGUACUCAAAGGUCAUCACCAAGAUCAGCUAUGGUGGCUAUAAAUUGGGUGCCAACUCUGCCAAUAUUCUUGUGCAGGACAGAAUUACUGGGCAGAUUAAUGAGGAACGAAUGAGCGUCUACGUGCGCCUCGGUAUUCGGUUGCUCUACAAAGGACUCAAGAGUCGUGAUAUGGAAAAGAAGCGAAUCCGGAAGCUUCUCAAGUCACUUAGUAUCAAACAAGGCAGAAAGUUUGACGACCCUGCUUCUGCCAGCGAAAUCGAGUCAUUCAUCAACUUCCAUCAGCUGGACAUGAGCGAGGUGCUUCGCCCGACGGAGGAGUUUAAGACAUUCAACGAGUUCUUCUACCGGCAAUUGAAGCCCGACGCUCGGCCUUGCUCUGCACCUGACAAUCCCAAGAUCAUCGUCUCUCCGGCCGAUUGUCGGUCCGUCGUCUUCAACAAGGUUGACGACGCGACCAAAAUUUGGGUCAAAGGUCGCGAAUUUUCAAUCGAGAGAUUGCUUGGAAACGCGUAUCCGGAGGACGCCAAGCGUUACAAGAAUGGAGCUUUGGGUAUCUUUAGAUUGGCUCCUCAGGAUUAUCAUCGCUUCCACAUUCCCGUUGAUGGGGUGCUUGGUGAACCCAAGCUGAUAGAAGGAGAAUACUACACUGUCAAUCCCAUGGCAAUCCGGUCUGCUUUGGACGUUUAUGGCGAAAACGUCCGAGUUAUCGUUCCCAUCAACUCGACCACCCACGGUAGGGUCAUGGUCAUCUGUGUCGGCGCCAUGAUGGUUGGAAGCACAGUCAUUACACGCAAACCUGGCGAAGAGGUUCAUCGCGCAGAGGAGCUGGGCUACUUCAAAUUCGGUGGAAGCACGCUGGUAGUGUUGUUUGAGCCUGGUGUCAUGAAGUUUGAUAAUGAUUUGAUUGAAAACUCUUCUGGUGCUUUGGAGACCUUGAUCCGUGUAGGCAUGUCAAUUGGUCAUAGUCCUGAACAGUCUGCUCACACUCCGGACAUGCGCAAAGAGAAUGUGUCGGCGGAGGAGAAACAAGAGGCUCAGCGGAGAAUCGCUGGUAGCGUUGGUCCAGCUCCUUCGCCACCAGAUGCUGCCAUUUGAUUGCAUUAAUGAUAAUCAUCAUGUGGGAUGAAAAGGGGAGGGGAGAGAGCGCGGUAAAUCUUUUAAUUUGGACAGAAAAGAGGAAAUCUACGACUGGAUUGAUAUUCAGCGGCAUGGGUCCGGGAUGACCCCAAGUCUUGGUUGAUAAACAUGUACAUUUUCACGAGUAUACGAAUAUGUAGCAAUC